CUAAUAUCAUCAAUAUGGUUUACUUCUGCUGAUUCUCCUUCAUGAAAUGUCAGUAACCAUUUACUACUAAUUCGUAAGAGUUUUCUUUUACUUUUUUUGUCACUAGCUGAUUUCGUGUUCAGACAUCAAAUACAGUUUGAGCCGCUAUUUUUGAGGAUGGUAGCAGUUAUCGCUCUCUCAUUGACUUUCUUGCCGACUACACUCUUUCUAAACGUUACCUUUACGGGAAGGUUUCUGAAAUUAAAGGAAAUUAUCUAAGACCGCACUUUUCUAACAUUUAUGAUUUCUGUUCAAUAAAUUUAAACAAAGAAUUAUUGGGACGACAGUCUUUUAUUUAAGAUCUUUUCAUACAUUAUGUUAGACGAUAUUUAUGAUCUCUUGCUUUUUUUAAAUCAAGAAAAAUUAGUCCAAGCUCAAAAUUUGUGAAUGUACAGAGAAGUCAUAUUUUAUUUAUCUUUUUGAUCUUCAGUUUUAUAAGGCAGGGCAUUUCGAUGUCUUGUGAAUUUUAAAAAUUUUAUAUCUUGAAAAAUAGGUCGAUCCUAUUGAAUGACAUUUCAACAGUCAUAGUGAGUGCGUUCAUAUGGUACAGCUGGAUCAAAUAGUCAGAACUAGCUGCUCGACCUAUAGCAAUUCAAAAUGUUGUCUUUGAUGUUUUCUAACUUGAAUUAUUCUUCAUGCCUAAUCAUGAUGUAAGAAGCAUCAUAAAUACAUGGGAGUCUCUUGAUUAUGUUUAAAAUAUCAGUUAUGUCGUUCGAACUGCCCUCAGUAAGUGAUCAUCAAGGACCACAGUUGUCAACUGCGUGCACAAAUGUCCUUACAUGUCCAGACGUUCCCAUUCAUGUGACGAAAUUCGGUCUUUGAUUUAAAAAGGCUUAAAACAAAAUAACAUGUGAGGCAUAGCUAAGGUUGCUAUUCGUGCAACCGUAAGACCCUUUUUGUAAGCCCUAAUAAUUAAGAUUUCCUUCACGAUUCCAAACUAAGUUCGUGUGGAAGGGUUGGUGAAAUUAUAGGAGGAAGUCUAGGUGACAGUGAGAGGGAGUGAUUGUCAUACUGAUAGUAUUGAUCACUGCUACAGGUUUACCUAGAUCACGCUUAGCUGUUUAAAUAUUUUGCUGAUGGAACUUGAAAAAAACUGCAUCACCGUUGGCUGUUUUAUAGACUUUCAAAUAACUUUAAAGUGGAGUAGAUAGUAGCUUAAUAUAGGUGGCGCAUACAUUGUUUGUAUAAGUGUAUUUUGGUCUCAUAAUGUUCGAUCUGAUUCCUGUAAACCUGACUGCAACGAUCGAAAGUCCAUAAAUUGGUAACGGUCUCUUAUCUCUAACAACGGCCGUGUGAAAAACGUUUUACUGGCCUCAGCCACAAAACAGUUAACAGCUUCACCUCUCUUGAAUUGGAUCUACUGGUUUUUACUUAUCUUCCGAUCUGACGAUUAAGCUAUAGAAUGGCCGUUUCAGCCAAAUAUUGAUAGAUUUGUUUUAGAAGUUUGACUAAAUCUAAAUUAUUACUAAGAAAUAAAUCAUAUGUCCUAUUAGUUUACCCCCUUUUUAUUUUUCGUAGUAAAUUUUUGAUGUGACAUUCUAUUUUUCGAUCAAACAAAAUUUAAUAAAGGGUAGAAAUAUUUUUACUAAUUUUAGCUAUUUUUGUCAUUUCUUUAUAGAUCUGUAUGGGAAAUAGGAAGGAUCAUUAUGGAUUCUAAAACACCGCCGUCAAAAUUUUGUUACUUCAGGUCUGAAUUGAGCAUGCAUCCUCCGGAAACUCCGUUACAUGUUACACAAGAAGCUAUUAGGAUGUUAGAGGCUUACCUAGACAUAGGGUCUCUUAAAAGGCGAAAAAAUAUUAAAUCUGAUAGUAUUUUUGUGUUUAAUCCUUACAUACCUAAUGAUCUAACAACUGGAGGGCCAAAUGUCCACCAUGACGACAUAGGCGUACUGCCCCUUAAAGAGUACACGAAAACAAAUGAAAUCUUGGAGGCUGAUCAAACAACAAUUUGCGCGAGUGCCGUCUAUGUAAAUCGGAUAUCGAAUAUGUCUCUUGAUGAGAGUGAACGUUUAAAGGAAUUCACAAACGAAUCUUCACAUUCCAGUGAUACGACAACACAUCUUAAAGAUACUUGUUCACCAAACUGUGAAAUUAUUCCCAAUAAAAUUCCUCUUCAGUCGAUGGAUGGAUCAUUUGCGCAGACAUCCAAAAUAAAUGAACUUUACCCUCGUUUCGAAAGUGUUGAUGGUCUUAGUGCUAAAUCUCGACAAUCUGAUUCACUAUAUAAUUCAGGUAGCGUAGAACCAGUCAGUCUACCAGUGUUUGAAAUACCAGCUCAAAUACCUCAUACAGGGACUGGUAGUUCAUUGUCUAAGAGAUUUAUAAUGAAAGAUGAUUCUGUAUCUUCAACGAUCAUGCGCUAUCAUAGUGUAUGCAAUGAAAGUACACAAAAAAUUCACACCAUACCUAAAAUAGAGGAAUGGUCAGCAAUUGAAGUUGACUCUCAUCACAAUGAAUAUACUCGACGUUUCAGUGUUAAGUCUGCCCCUGAAGACGUACGCCACUGUGUGCGCAUAAGACCUAAACGAAGUGCUACCAAAAAGUGGUUUAAAUUCCGGCUUCCCAAAAGCAGUCUUAACUUGAAAUCUCACAUUGGAAAUAAAUUAUCUACAGCUGAAGAGGAAAUAUUCGAAUCGAAGAGUGUAUUUAUGGAAACUAGUUCACAAGGAAAAGUAUCAAUUCUAGGGAAAAGGGAAAAUAAUGGCUCUGAUGGAGUCGAUGGUAACCUUUUUCCUCCAAUACCUAACAGAAAAUUGAGUACAAACAUGAUAAACAAAUCAGAUGAAAGGCUUCAUCAUCCACCACUUAUCAAUUUAUGCGCUCAAUUAUUUCCACGAUUAUUUCGUCAGAAUGAGUCUUCGUCUAAUUAUUUAUCAAGUGGUUUCUUGCCUAGAAUACAAAGGCUAUCCACAAAUACGUUUCGUCGAAUAAAGCGAAAAAAGCGCACUGCUAGAAGGUUGGAUAAAUUUUCUACUCAAGCUUCUGUAGAAGAACAAGAGGAAAAGUUUCACUUAAUACCAUUAUAUACCAAACGGCGUCCAUCUAGAUUCUCUCAUUAUGGAAAUGUUGGAUUAUUUGAAAAUAAAGGGAACUUAUUAGUUAAACAAGAAGAGCAUAACUUAUUGAACAGAUCAAGUCACUCGUCGGAUAAAGAAUUUUCAGAAAAUGACUCGUUUAAUACUCCAAUAAAAAAUUCCAAAACAUGGCCAACCGGAUCACCUACCUCAAAAGUAGCUGGCGAAAUUGCUUGUCUUUAUCGUGGAUUGAUCGAGACAAUAGGAAGUGAUAAAUUGAUUGAAUCUACUUCACAAACAUGGAGUCAUUACACUCACAGAAAACUUCAGUCUUCAACUAACAAUAAUGUACCUUCUUUCAAUUGGAAUUCAGUUAGAAUUCAAUGUGAUAAAUCAAAUAAAUCUACAUAUAACUUUCCAUUGAAUGAUUUAUCUGCAAUGCGAUAUUCUAAUACUAAUCAUCCAAAAGUUACGGAUGAAAUAGUGUCAAGUAGGGAAGUUACUGAUGAAGCACUGAAAAAUACUACUAUCGGUUCUAAAACGAACCAAGCAAAUAAAUCUUCAACAAAAAAUGAACUGUUUUUAAAUAAAGUAACACAAAAUCUCGAAGACUGUGCGGUGAGGAAUUCUUCAAACAAUUCCGAACUUCAAAGUGUAUUAGUAGUAGAAAAGUCCAAUCAUUCAUCAACAAAUGACAAUACACAUUAUCCAUAUGCUAAAUACGUUGCUGAUAUGAUUGAUGCUUUGUCUGAACGUCUUAUGGGUAAAAUAUCAGAAGAUGAUUUAGAAUUACGUUUUCAGAUUUUAGAAGCAGAAGCAUCUAAAGCGGCUAAACACAAAACUGCUCAAUCUGUUAAACGUGAACGAUUCUACUCGGUUGGUAAUGAAGCUGAGAAUUUACGUUGUCAGAAUUCCUUACAAAAUACAACACGAGGCAAUUCAUCAUCAGAUGAAAAUAUAUUAAAUAAAAUAACAGAAAGAAAAGAAUUAAAGAACAGAAGAUGCCAUUCUGUAACUGAUUUUUUUGUUACGACAAAACCAUCAGACUUACAAAAUGUGUCAUCAUUAGAAUCAAGCCAACGUAGUUUGAAGUAUUCUUGUUUAGAACAGGUGAAACGAUUACAACUUCGAAACAAAUUAACUAUAACAGAGGAUUUAUUAAGUCGUCUUGUAAAUCAUACAAAUUAUCCGAAUUUCGAGGCUGAUAUCCUUGAUUUAUUAGGUCGGCAACCGAAUUGGCAUAGGAUCGCUAUUCUUUAUUAUCUUACUAGAUGUUCAGUUAGACACAUAUUAAAUUUACAUAUAGAAAAGUUGGAAACAUUACAAGAGUCAACUUCAGGUUCAUCAAUAUUACGUCAAUCGAUAAAUAUCAAUUCAGAUAGUGAGGAAAUUGAUGAAAGUUAUUUACAAUCAUCAGGAAGUCAUAUUUACUAUUCAUCAAGUAAAUUGCCUCAAAGUAAUUUAUAUCCAUCGAAUUCAACAUAUGAAACAAUAAUUCGUGAUACUGGUCAAUGUCGAGCAAAUAUAGGCCGAAUCAAAGAUUAUACAAUUACUUUUUUUACACGUUGGUAUGCAGAUUGGGUGUAUAAACGUGGUGGUUGGCAAUCUGUAAUCGAGGAAACUGAAGAUUCUGAACUGGACUAAAUUGUCAAUUAUUUUACGUGAAUGGAAUAAAUGUAAUUUUUUUAUGGAACAGACAACUAGCGCGUUUGUGAUAAUUUGUUUAUGAUAACUUCAUUUGUAUGUAAUAUAUAAUGUAUGUGAAGGACAGAAAUGACAUUUGACUCAUAUUACUUAAUUAUCAUUAUUUUUUAAGAAUUAUAAAUUGCUACAUGUUUAUGUAGCAAUCAUCUUUUUUUCAAAAAUGUAAUUUAACUGUAUAUUUGUAUGUGCAAAUUAUAUUUGAACUAAUCUCAGCGAUUGAAAUUUAAAUAAUUCCAACGUUUCGUCCAGUUAUUUGUCUGGACUUCUUCAGGG